CAAAAAACGAAAACCAUGGGAAAAAUGUUCAAAGCGUCUCUGCGAUGUCGUAAGCGUCAGUCGGUUCCCGUCGGCAGCAAGAUGAAGUUCAUUGUAAACACCGUCGCCUUCUUCGCACUUUUUCAUGUCAUAUCUGGAUUGGCUGGGAAGGCUCCCACAAAAACACUGAACGAUGGCAACCAAAUUCCGAUGCUGGCUUUGGGCACGUAUGGAUUCGAUGACAUCCCAAGAAUGCGUCAAGCAGUCAACUGGGCUAUAGAAGCUGGUUACCGCCAUAUUGACACUGCAGCUCUUUAUGAAAAUGAAGAAGAGAUCGGUAAAGGCAUCAGUGAUGUGAUAAAACAUGGACUUGUGAAGAGAGAAGAUCUUUUUAUUACUACUAAGCUGUGGAAUGACAAGCACGCUCGUCAUCAAGUGGUGCCCGCUCUGCAGGAGUCUCUCUCCAAGCUGGGACUAGACUACGUAGACCUGUAUCUUAUCCACUCGCCUGAGGCCAGCAAUGCUGACGGUUCUCCCGCUAACAUCGAUUACUUGGAAACAUGGAAGGGUAUGGAAGAAGCCAAGAAGCUUGGCCUGGCCAGGUCCAUUGGAGUGUCCAACUUCAACACCGAACAGAUUGACAGGAUCAUUAAGAACAGCCUGAUUGUUCCAGCUGUUAACCAAAUUGAGGUCCACCCCUCAAACUCUCAAGAAGAAGCAGUAAAGGACUGCUUCGAACGCAACAUUGCUGUUAUGGCAUACAGUCCUCUCGGUUUCUUCGUCUCUAGGGGACAAAAUGGACGACCAGGCAAGGAUGACCCCAAGAUCCUGAACAUCGCCAGGAAAUACAACAAGACUGUUACACAAGUCGUUCUGCGGUACUUGCUGGACAGAGACCUCAUCGUACUCCCCAAGUCCGCCAAGAGGCACCGCAUUGAAGAGAACAUCAACGUCUUCGAUUUCCACCUGACUCCUGAGGAGAUGGCAGUGAUGAAGACCUUCAAUUCCAACACCAGUAUUUUUGACUAGAUCACAUAAUAUUUAUGGAUGUUUCAUCUAUCGUUUAAGACACCAUUACGUAUAAUAUUUUUUUAUAAAAAAUAAUGUGUUCUUUGUUCCAACAGUUUAUUUGUUGCCAGUUCGUAGACUGAAUAUCCGUCUAGAUCUAGAAUGGAAGAUUUUCUAAGGCAAAUAAAAUUGUAUUUUUGGA